CUGGAAAAUUCCACGGACAAAGGAACCUGGCAGUCCAUGGGGUCAACAAAGCAUGGGAUACGACUGGGCGACUAGCACCUACGCACGCAAUGUUAGGUUGACAAACCCUAACUUAAAAUUCAUGAGGAAAGAAUAUUUUCUCCAAUCCUUCUGAGGCCAGCAUUACGCAACACGAUGUGAAGACAUCACGAGAAAAUAAAACUACAAACCAAUAUUCCUCAUGGGCAGAGAUGCAAAAAUUCUAAACAAAACUUCAGCAAAUUGAAUACAACCAUAAACAAAAACGAAAAUAUAUAUCGUGACCAAACGGAGAUUAUGUCAGGAAUGCACUAGAAAGUCAAUCACUGUAACUGAUCAUGCUUUUCUUCCAGAGAAAACAGAUCUCUGCCAAUCCCGCGAAGGAAGAGAGUCAACGUACGCUAUGAGGGGGCCGGCAGGAGCCCCCAAAAGGCCGCUGUUAUUCCUCCAGCGACUGUCAUGCUCACCGAGUGCCCGAGCCCGCUUCCGGGCGGCAUCCAAUCCCACAAUCCCCCGGGCCGAGACGUGGCCCCGCCUCUGCGCGCAGGUCCCGCCCCUUGGGUAGAGUCUUGGCCUCGGAUUGGUUACUGCAGCUUCCGCUACCUGGUGGGCGGGGCCGCUGACCACCUGUAGGUUCCCGGCCUGGCUGUGUGCUUCCCCGAGCUCACCGACCUGCAUGGGGGAGGACGCGGGGGACAGGGGUUCGUCGGCGGACUGCCUAGCUCCGGUAGGGUUGCCGAUGUCGGAGACCAGCCCGAAGGCGGAGGCGGCGAAGCUGCUGCCUUUCCUGGCGCUCGGGGAGCGGGCUGACCUGCAGGCGGCGGCGGCGCAGCAUGUGCUGGCGCUGACUGGCUCGGGGCCGGGGCGCACGCUGCUGGCCGGCCAGGCGGCACUGCUGCGGGCGCUGGUCGAGCUGGCGGUGGCCCCUCCUCCCGCCCCAGCCCGAGACGCCGCUCGCGCGCUAGUCAACCUGGCUGCCGACCCCGGCCUGCACAAGCCGCUGCUGGCGGCCGAGCCCAGACUGCCUGUCCUCCUGCUGGGCUGCGCGUUGGACCCACACUGGCCCUGGGCCGAGGAAGCGGCCGCCGUGCUGGCUAACCUCAGCCGCGAGCCGGUGCCGUGCGCUGCGCUGACAGAGGCUCUGGCGGCCGCAGAACCGGGAGAGUCGGGCCUGGAGCGGCUGGUGCGCGCGCUGUGCACUCCGGGCUACAACGCUCGCGCGCCCUUGCACUACUUGGGACCAGUGCUCUCCAACCUCAGCCAACGUUCCGCGACCCGCGCUUUUCUGCUGGACCGCAACAGGUGCGUGGUCCAGCGGCUGCUGACCCUUACCCAAUACCCGGACUCCUCGGUGCGCAGGGGCGGGGUGGUGGGAACACUGCGAAAUUGCUGCUUCGAGCACCGACAUCAUGAAUGGUUACUUGGGCCCGAGGUGGACAUUCUCCCCUUCUUGCUACUGCCCCUGGCUGGGCCUGAAGACUUCUCUGAGGAAGAGAUGGAGCGGCUGCCUAUUGAUCUGCAGUACCUGCCACCAGACAAGCAGCGAGAGCCUGACGCUGACAUCCGCAAGAUGCUAAUUGAGACCAUCAUGCUGCUGACAGCCACAGCACCUGGUCGGAAGCAGGUGAGGGACCAGGGAGCCUACUUGAUCCUGCGAGAGCUGCACAGCUGGGAGCCUGAGCCUGAUGUGCGGUUGACUUGUGAGAAACUCAUCCAGGUACUUAUUGGGGACGAGCCAGAGCGCGGCCUAGAGAACCUGCUGGAGGUGCAGGUGCCUGAGGAGGUUGAGCGGCAGCUGCAGCAGCAGGAUCACCAGGAGCGGGAGCAGUGUGAGCGGGAGCAGCAGGAGCUGGAGCUGGGCCCAGGGCCACAAGCAGAGGAAGCUGCAUCCACGUGAGGCCCCUGAGGCCUGCCAGCAUCUCCAGGCCCACUUCUCUUCACAGUCCGUCCAGGCCUCCCAGACCAGGCCUGCCUGCUAUCCCCUGCUCUGAGAGUGUAUCUGGCUGAGAUGCAGAGCUGCCAUUAAGCUCCAGGUGUUUGCUGAGGAUUGAGGGCACCUCCAUGUGCCCUGUUGCUUCCAGCAAGAAUGCUGGCUGCUCAGAGGAGGACUGUUCAGCCAGGGCUGGCCCAGACCUCUGACUCGCUCAGGUGUCUCCAGGCGGAGGGCUGGCAGGGCUGGAUAGAAAAACGCGGCAGACCUGAAGGGCCAGUGAGAGCUUCCCAGUAAGUCUCAGGUGUGAUCUAGGGGUCUGGGUGCUUGCACUGCCCCUUGCUGCCAGUUCCAACCCAAGUCCCUCCAUCCUGGGGGCCCUCGGCUGGGCCUGCCUGAGACCUGGCCUCACAGGGCUGACCUGUUGAGAGUUUCACCAGCCACAGCCUGUCAGGGUCUCCCAGGGCUGCAUCCCCCUGGCCUGUCCUUGGAGUGCUUGCUGGUGCUGCCUCCUCUUCACCCUUAGCACCUUCCCUGUGCCCAGCCCCAGCCCUUGGGCCUUUGUGAGCACUUCAAGUGCUAUUUCCCAGUCCUAGACCGACCUGAUGCUCCCACCUUCCCUGUCUAGCUAGGCUCUCUCCCUGUUCAAUUCCCCUGAGCCUUAGCCCCCCAGAUCCCAUGCCCACCAAGCUAAUAAGCCUUGCCUUUGGCCCAAGUCUUCCCCUGGACCACGCUCUGCCCCUUUGGAGCCCGUUGGCCCCAUGUGUGGUGCCUUCAAAUCCACGGCCCCAAGCCCAGCAGGCUGUCCCUCACCCCACUGUAUUCCCUUCCUGGGCCUCCCACCAAAGCUAGGGCCAUCUUUUGCCCUGGAUCCCUGUUUCCCCGCCCUUCCAGGCUUCUUACCGCAGAGCACCCCCCACCCACCCCCAGCCCUCUUGUCCUCAGUCCUGGGACCACUUCCAGAGCUGGGGCCAGCUCUACUGGAGCUCAGAUCAAAGCCAAGUUCUUCGUGGAUACCAGGUGCCUUCCUCUUCUGUGGUCCCCUCUUCAUUCUCCCUCCCCCCAGUUAAAUUAAAGCUGUGGCCUGAA